UUAGCUUCAUCAUCUCCCCCCCAAUCAUUCACUCUUUGAUUUCUCUCAUCAACGAACCUCCGCCGCCGCCGCCGCCAACAGCAAUGUCGUCGUCUGAACAGCCAGAAACGCCUUCCAACCCAGCAACCUCUGUAAACAGAACCCUAACCGCCGUUUUCCCUUUCAUUCUAGGUUUCACCUCCACCACCCAUCAACCGUCGGACAACCGACAGAACAACAGACCAUUACCAGAUCUUCCUGAAGGUUUUGUUAUUUUAAAUCCUCUGGUAACGAUUCCAUACUUAAAUUUAGAAACCCUGUUUUCUCAAAUGAUGUUGCCUAAAAGCGGCCCAUUACCAGCAUCGAAAGCGUCGAUUGACGCGAUGCCUGUUGUUGAAGUGACGGAGGAGAGUUUAGAAGAAUGUCCGAUUUGUUUGUCUGAAUAUGAAAUUGGCGGCGAAUUGAAGGAGAUGCCUUGUAAGCAUCGGUUCCAUAUGGGUUGUAUUGAGAAGUGGUUGGGUAUGAAUGGGUCGUGUCCGGUUUGUAGGUAUAGUAUGCCGGUCGAAACGAAGGAGGAGGAAGAAAGAGGGAGGACCGUUGGAGAGUUAAGUGUUACGUUCCAGUUUGAGUUUGCCGGCGGUCGGACAAGGAAUAAUAAUAAUAAUAAUCAGGAUUCCGAUCUAAGAGGAAGCGGCGAAAAUCCAACUCCUCCUUCUACGGAAGAGGCUGAUUGCAAUUCAUGAUUUGUUAUUUUGUAGAUUAGUUAUAUACUUUCAGAGUUUAAUUAUAUAUCAAGAUUAAGAAUAUUUUCACCUUUUAAGUUUCA